CAUUCUGUUCUCAUCUCUAUUGUUAAUUUAAGCUUGUAGAAAGGUGCAGGCUUGGGCUUUUUGUUGUGCUGGAUCAAAAAGUAGGAUCUUAAUUUGGUUACAUUUCUCGGAUUUUUCAAACCCUCUUGUUUGACUAUCUUCAUAAAUUUUAUUGUUUUUAAACAUUAUUUGAUAAAUUUUAAGUAAAAUAAUUUUUAAAUUUUAUGUUUAUGUUUAUGUUGUACUUUUAAGAUAGUUUUUUUUAAUUUCAAAUAUACAAUCCUCAUUUAUUUGUUUAAUUAAAAUGUGGAUUAAAAUAUUAAAAUUUUAAAGGCAAGCUUUGCGUUAAAACGACGACUUCAUUAGUUAACAGUUAAGAGUAAAAAAAGAUGCAAAAUUCUGGUAAUGGUUAGGCUGGUGAUCUGAGUGAUGUGGGUGAUCGAAAUACCAAGAAAGUACGUUUCAAGGAAGCUGGUGAUGAAGAGGAGACUAAUAUGGUUGUUGAGUCUGAACAACAGCCGAUGGUGUCCUUUGAAGACAAACUUUUGGGGGGGAAUGUAUCCACCUCUUAUGGAAAUCUUGCAAGGAAUCUGGAGAGGAAUGAAGGGGAUCUAGAAAUUCUGGAAGGGGAUGUGAAUAAGUCAAUGGUCAAUGGCAUUCUGGCAAUUGCUUUUUCGGAGCGCAUUAAAGAUAUAUUGUUUAAGGAAAUGGAAUUGACGGUUAUUCUUAAGUUGCUAGGGCGCAACAUUAGUUAUAAUGUGCUUUAUAACCGUACACUAAACCUCUGGAAACGUGCAAAAUCUUUUCAUUUGAUGGAUAUCACUAAUGGUUAUUUUUUUGUUAUUUUGUUAAAUUUCAGGAUAUAGGGGAUUAUAACAAAGUCUUAACUCAAGGUCCUUGGAUAAUUUUUGGGCAGUACCUCACGGUACAACCUUAGACGAAAUCGUUUAAUCCAUCUCAGCUUUACCCUAGUGUGGUGUUAGCGUGGAUUCGUCUGCCAGGACUCCCGGGUUAUCUGUACAAAAGACAGAUCAUUGAAGCUAUUGGGAGUUUAAUAGGGAAAGUUGUAAAAUUGGACUUACAAACUGGCAACAACACUCGGGGGCGGUUUGCCCAUAUGGCCGUGUUCGUCAACCUUGACUGACCGCUCAUCUCUAAGGUCUUGGUGGAUGGGGACGUCCAACGGGUUGAAUACGAAUCUCUUCCGAUGGUCUGCUUUAACUGUGGGAAAUAUGGACAUGUAAAAGAGUUGUGUCUGUCGGUGGAAGUUGAAGCGGUUUUGGAGAGGUCGGAGGCGGUCUUGGAAAGAACGGAGGCCGACGCGGUGGUAGCACCGGGUGAAGUUGCUGGUGAGGGUGGGGAUGGAAAGAACGUUGAAUUCAGGCCAUGGAUGAUAGUUAAUAGGAAAUCACGGAGGGGAUCACGCGAUUCUCGGGUUAACGAGGCUGCGAAAAAAGGAAAGGAUUCGGUGGGAUCUCGAUUCUCACCGUUAAUCGGGGGAGAGGUCUCAGGUGGUAGCCUCGCUGGAACUGAUGGGAGUUUUGAGAGAGGGAAAGAAGGGAGUCACGCGGAUAUGGGGGGUAUUUCUAAAGAGGAUAGGAAUUUAAUUAAAAGGGGUUUGGGCCAUUUAAAAGUGGCGAACUGUGAAGCUGGUGUGGAUUCGGCUUUAAUCAGGCCGGAUUUGGGCUCAAGUUCAAGUGGCCCGAUAGGUGUUGAGACAAGUCAGAUUAAGGGAUAUAGUGGGCCUAAGUCUGCGGGAAAGAGGCCUGUGGAAUCUAAUGAUUUAUUUCAAAAUAACAAGGACCGAAUGAAUAAUUUUUCUAACUCUGUUUCUUUUGCACCGGCUGCAGGAGUAGAAAAUUUAAAGGAGGGAGCGGCACAAGCUUGUGGGCCAUCGAAUGUCUUACCUGAUGGACCAAGUGAGGAACGGGCUGAAUUGAAGGGUCCUUUAAUGACUAAUGGGUUAAUCCUCAAUGAGGGCGUGGAUCUGAGAUUAAAGUUAGUAAUAAUCAUGGUGGAGUCUCUCUCAAUCGUUCUUUUAAGGACAAAGGAGGUAGAUUGAAAAAUGCUGGAAUUGCUCGAGUUCCAUUGUCAGAUGCUAUAAGUUCCAUGGUUAACCUUAUUAAUUCGCAAGUUGGGCCCGAAUUGGAUGUGAUUGGAGGUUGUGCUGAAGGACAGACUGGCGACCUUCGAUCCUCUUCUGCUUGAUCUGGUGAUCAAGGACAAAAAGGACCAGGAUCGGAUCGGGGAAAAAAAAAUUAAUCGAAUAGUCGUGAAACGUAGUUCGCCGAUAUACGAGAUUCUUAGUGAUCGUUACGUGCUCGGGGAUCCUCAGUGUAUAUCGUCACACUAUCAUUAAUCUUUUGGUACUUUUGAAAACCGAACUUAAAGUUUAUGGUAUGUAUAAGCUAAGAUACCUUUUGAAUUCAUUAUGGUUGAGAUGUAUAUAAAUGCCAUGCGAAAAUGGCUAACUUGAUACAUAAGUCUAUAUUAUCUUGAUUGUGUUUUUGUGCUUGUAAUGUUUGAACAUGAAAAAGGUGAAGUUGAUUGUGGUUUGAACGUUUGGUUGAUA